AUCUCAAGGAUUCUUUAACUGCUGAGCAAAAAAGAUCAGCGCUCAUCAGGAAUAUAUUAAGGAAUUAACAAUAAUAUCUACUUAUGCAGUCUAUAUGGUCAGUGUUCCUGCGCUUGAUAAAAUAUUGAAGCAUUUAUCAGAUCCGUGUCAUAUCAUUAAAAUCGUAUGACGUACCAGAGAGCCUUGUUAUCGUGGAUCUUUUUUUUAGACGUUUUUGUUUUUCAGCACAACGCUAUUUCACUAAGUCGUUGCUGUAAAUGCCAUGUAUUCGCUUCAGCGCCAUUUAUUUAAAGAAAAUGGCUGAAAUACGAGCUUUAAGAAGAUGUACCGCGUUCAUGCUGUAGAUAUCGAAUAACCGGCGCAAAAAAAUGUAAUAAUAACGCGCCCCACAUCUUAGUGCGAUCGUUUCGUAAUAUUCAGGGAGCUUAUUAGGGUAUGAUAAUUAUGCCUGGCUGUUGUCGCGAUCUGCAUAAUAAGCCGAAGCCCCCGAUUCACAGGAACCCCAGCGCUGUCAGCACACCCGGCCGGGCUGCCUUCAUCUGAAGGAGGCUGAGGAGACGCUCCGAGGCUGAUUGAUGUCAGUUUGGACCAUCUACUGCCUCGUCGAUUUGAAUGGCAAACGGCGAAGCCAAUUGGUAUAAGGAUAUAACAUGCAUUUCCGCGCUGUAUUUAUUUUGCACACCAAGGGAGAAUAACUGGCGACACGAGGAGAGGGCAUCCAAGCGUAAAACUCGCAAAAAUUAGGGGUCUGGAUCUGGACCCAUCUGACGGGGGAUACCGGGACGCACUGACACAUUUCAGUCAAGCUCAUCGGUCGAAACAUUUGUAGCCUCUUUCUGGACGUCUGGAUUGGACUUAUUAUGGGUACUUUGAAGCCUGAGAGAUGCAAAGCCAUGGCGCCUGAUCGCAUGAGGCUAUAUUCUGGUUUUUAGAGAGGGGGGGGGGUCGUCGCUUUUCAGCACCGCGGACAGUUCUGUGCGGGAUCCCUGCUGCGGGGAAGCGCUCCGAACGCGGCAUCCGAGCGCAUCAUGCCUGCCUCCACACCCAAGGGUGCCGUCCUGUAGUCCUUUGGCUGGUCGGGGGCUCUCGGUAACAUUUUCCCGAAUUAUGAGGCUUGUCUUUCAGCUUCUCCGUUAUGCCCUCUAUCCUAAGCAGCAGCGGGGGUGCCUCUCCAAUGCCAAACUGUCGAGGAUAGCAGCCUACACACUGCAAGCAGGAAGACAUUAUCAUUAUCACCAUCAUCAUCAUCACCAUCAUCAGCACUGGGCAAGGGAGGCACGAUUUAACUCAACAAUGUAAACUAAGGAAGGUCGGCUGCGUGUGAAGUAUCUUUCUCCUGUGAUGACUUUGGCAGUGAGGAUUGGGUGAAAGAGUGUGGAAAGUCAGCCCUCGACAUGACCAACACUGAGGCAUCCCAGCAGGCCGGGCUUUCUGAACUGGAGGUCAUCUCCCAGCCUGUGGAGGAGGAGAACCAGUGCAUGGCCCCACUGCAACUGGUCAGCUUCGCCUACCGGGACCUGCCACUAGCCGCCCUGGACCUCUCCCUAGCAGGAUCCCAGCUGCUGUCCAACGUCGACGAGGAGGACGCCAGAGAAGGAUCUAACUGGUUGAAGCCGUGUUGCGGACGGCGAGUGGCACUCUGGCAAGUCUGUGUACUGAGUGCAGGCUUCAACUGCUUUCUGGUGGCCUGUGUGGUUCUAGUGGUGCUUUUCCUGGCCUUGGAGCUCCUCAUAGACAUCAAACUUCUUCAGUUUGCCAACGCCUCCCAGUUUGCUAGCAUCAUCCACUGGAUCAGCCUCGGUAUCCUCUCCGUUUUCUUCACCGAGACUGUGUUCCGCAUCGUGGUCUUGGGCAUCUGGGAUUACAUCGAGAACAAAGUUGAGGUGUUCGAUGGCGCCGUCAUCGUCCUCUCCUUGGCCCCAAUGGUGGCCUCCACUGUCGCUAACGGACCCAGCAGUCCAUGGGAUGCCAUCAGCCUCAUCAUCACGCUGCGUAUCUGGAGAGUGAAGCGCAUCAUCGACGCCUACGUCCUCCAGGUGAAGGUGGAGAUGGAGCUGGAGAUCCAGCAAUACGAGAAAGCCAAGGCGGUUCGGGAAGAUCACUUGGAGAGGCUGACGCAGAUCUGUCAGGAGCAGGCGUUCGAGAUCCGGCAGCUGCGGGCGCAUCUGGCACAGCAGGACCUGGACCUGGCUGCGGAGCGCGAGGCAGCCAUGCAGAUCCGCCAUGUCUGGCACAAGCAGAGCAGUAGUUUCCAGGUGGUAGAGGGGCUGACCCCCGGGGAGUCUGAUGACGAGGGCCAUGGCAACAUCCGGGAGGCCCGGCCCCCCACAGAAGCUGUCGGUCGGGAUGAUAUGAACAACUACAUCCGGCAGUACUACAGCGAGCCCAGCAGCGAUAUGGACAUCCCCGAGGCUGGGGCCCACAUCAUCACCACCACAGCCAUCGACGUCCACCUCCCCAAUAACCCGCGCCACCUGUUGUCGGGGCUGCUCAGUGUGGACCCGGAGCACACGGGCGCGUCCGCCAGCGACGCCUCCUCCACUGUGUGCCGCUCCUCCUGCAGUGUCUCCACGGCGAACCCCUGCUCCAGCAGCCAGACGCUGGCCUCCACCACCGACUGCACCACCCAGGAGGCCUCGGUGGACGGCGGCCCGCCAGAGAGGACAGCCCCCUCUCCGUUCUCCAGCCCCUUCCCCCCGGGGCGUGAACGCUGCGACCCCAGUGCUGUGGUCCAGGAGUUACUCUCCUCACUCUCCGAGGACUCCUGCCUAGCCCAGAAGGGCCUGGACCCAGUGAACCUCAAGCUACCGAGCCCCACCGGAUCGGCCGAAACCAGCCCAGAACUGGAGCACCGGGUCAACAUCUACAACAAGAGGAACCAGGAGGGUCUCAGCACUUUCCAGACCAAACCCGUCAUUCACCUGCAGGCCAGGAAGGCCUCGCUGGAGGAGAAGUACAGGUUCCUGGGGCCCGUCAAUGCCCCACUCAGCCAGCUGCCCGAUGCCUAAGGUCGGUGGGCGGGUAGGAGCGGGGCACCAGCGCCACCUCCUGGCGAGAAGCCGCAGACAUUUCAGGCCAAAUCGCACAACUGUCUGAGGAGAAGAUGACAGGAUGGGGCAUUUUAGGAACCAGCACUGAGCAAUCAUCAGGAAUUUCCAAUGUGAACCAGUCCCAACACAGAAGCGAAUAUAUAUUGAAAUAUAAGUAUUAGCAUUAAGUAUGUAAUACCAGCAGGGGGCGAUGCUGAGGCUUUGAAAUAAGUGUAAUUGGCAGUGUUAAUGAUGACGCAGGUCUGGUGAUGGGUGGGGACUGGCUUUUAUCUUUGUAUGAAAUAUAAUAAAAUGUAUAGUCCUCUCUGAUCUGGCUACUGCAGGGUAUAUUUGAUUGGAUGAGUUGUAUUCACUGUAAAUUUCUUACCUUGGUCUUUCUACGUUACAAAUAUUGACAUUUGUAUUCACAGAGAGGGUAACCGCAUUCAGGUCCAAACCUUAAACCAGACAGGCAGGCGGUUGAGGUUAAAAAAAAAAAGCUAAACAUUUCUCGAAUUUUAUAGGACAAGUACUGUAAAGGGAAUGAUGCAGCGGAAUGGAUGCUCAUAGCAUGAACCUUUAAGACGACCUGCUUUUACGUCCGGCAAACAAACCCUGUGCACUUUCAUGUUUACAGACCUUUUAUAUUCCCAACAUGGGGGGAGCAAGUGCAAGACUGCAGUUGUUGUCAAUUGAUAAAAAUAAAAGUUUGUUAA